CUUCUAUAAUCAUGAAUAACUAUUUCAAUAUUAUUGAGAAUGCCAAGAUCCGAAUAUCAACGUGCAUCCUUCAUGAAGUUAUGCCUCGGGGAUUUCUCCUCCAAGCUGUGUAUACCGACGAAGUUCAUGAUGAAAUACAGACAAGCUGUGCAGCAUUCAGUAGUUCUAGAAACUGAAUAUUCCCCAACACUUUGGGAUGUGAAGAUCAAACAUUUGAAUUCGGAUUUUUACAUGACAGAUGGUUGGUCGGAAUUCGUGACAGACAACCAAGUUGGUGAGCGCGACUUCCUCACUUUCCGUUUCGUGGCUGAAUCAACUUUCAAGGUUUCCGUUUACCGAAGCAAUGGCUGCGCAACUUCUCCGAUCAGCUCCGAUGUUGAUGAGAGUGGGGUUAAGAGGAGAAGUGUACGGCCUCUCAAGAAGAAAAGAGAAAAAGGAGCAAAGGCGAGCAGAAUGAAUUGUGUUGUCAAAGAGGGCAACCCACUCUGCUUUGAAGCUUGUCUGAAUCCUCAUCGGAGAUAUAGAAUUAAUCUGCCUAAGGAGUUCACAGACGCGAGUAAUAUGAAGGUGAAGAACCAAGUGAGGGUGGAGUUUGUAGGCAACGGCGGCGGCCGUGGCGUAUUUCACGUCACAGUGGAUGCGCGGCCGCCGCCGCACUCGAGGGUCGACCUGGCCACGGGUUGGAGCCAAUUCCGGGUGGCCAAUGGCUUAGUGGUGGGGGAAAGCUACUCUUUUGAAUUCAACCCCGACGAUCAAGUCAUCUAUGUCAAGGAAGCUUCGCCCUUUCCUUAAUUUUCUUCGAUAAAAU